GUGAGGGAUGGAUGGACUCUAAUUUCUCUUGUCUUCUCCACAGCCAGGGCCCCCUCUCCUCCAUCAGGGCUGUCAUCAAGAGGACCUCCUCCAGGACCACCUCCCUCAGCGAGGCUCCCAGGGAGAGGCGUCGUCCAGAGAUCACCAUCCUGUCAGCUGAGCCGCUGGCCGCCACUUCCUGGUUUGCAGGGGCUUCUGGGGGACUGACUCCGCCCCCUCCCCCGCCCCCCGCUGCUCAGAUCUGGGGCCCAACCAUCCCCCCUGCCGUACAGCCCCCUCCCUCCUAUGAGGAGGUGAUAAGAGAGAAGACCCAGGAGCAAGUGCCCCCCCUGACCCCCUCCAGACGCUCUGUUACCACAACUACCAUCGCCACGCAGACCGACUCCAUCCCCCGAGGCUCCGCCUCCCGAAGCUCCGCCCCCAGAGGUUCUGCCCCCCGAGGCUCCGCCCCUGACCUGACACAGUCCGUGGCCAGGAGACCAGCCAAGCCCCCCCGCCCCUCCUUCUCUCUGCGUGUGUCUGCUCCUCUCUCCUCUCCAGGACCACACACACACUCCUCUGCACACACACACUCUGAACCCAGCACACACUCCUCUACACACACACACUCUGAACCCAGCACACACUCUCAAACCAGCACACACUCCUCUACACACACACACUCUCAAACGAGCACACACUCCUCAACACACACACACUCUCAAACCAGCACACACUCCUCAACACACACACUCUCUGAACCCAGCACACGCUCUGUCACACACACGCACUCCUGUCCUGACCUGCUGAGCGACCUGUUCUCACCUCUGAGCUCUGGGAACCAGACUGACCAAUGGGAGCCUCCCACCCCUGUUGCCGUGACGACGCCCUCCGAUCCUCCCCCUGACCGCCCCAGGCCUCGCCCCCGGCCCCGCUCCAAGGCAAGCCUUCGUCCAAUCAGCUGUGAGGUCAAAGUUCAGACGCUGGUCAGGCUGAGGGACGACGGACAGACAGGAAGUGAAAUCACCAACCAGGAAGUGUUCCAGGGGAAGUACCUCCAGGAGCUGCUGGAAGCCUUUAGCUCGGACGACUGGGGCUUCCACGGUCACCGUAGCGACGGGAGUGGGCAGAGUGAGUCGGAAGAGGAAGAAGAAGAGGAGGAGGAGGAGGGAGAGGAGGGGGACGGGGACAUGGCCGCCCUGAGGGCCAGGAUACAGGCCUUCGAACAACAGCGGGCGGACAGUAACUAUGGAGACAGUAACCUAGGUAACACGGAGGCGCCCGUCGUUGCCAAGAGACCGGAACCGCGCCCCCGCGCCCAGAAACCAGCUUCGCCCAUCGCUCCGCCCAUUGCCCCCAAGCCGCAGAGCAAAGCAUGCUGGGAAAACAGAAACCCCAUGGUGGACGCCUCGAUCCCCAAACCCAGCGACUCCCCCGCCCCCACCCUCACCCCCUCCCCCUCUCCUGCCCCUACCCUCACCCUCACCCCCUCUCCUGCCCCUACCCUCACCCCCUCUCCUGCCCCUACCCUCACCCCCUCUCCUGGCCCUACCCUCACCCCCUCCCCCUCUCCUGCCCCUACCCUCACCCCCUCUCCUGCCCCUACCCUCACCCCCUCCCCUGCCCCUAUCCUCACCCCCUCUCCUGCCCCUACCCUCACCCCCUUCCCUGCCCACACCCUUAACCCCGCCCCUUCUGCUGCCCCCACCCCGCGCCCCCCUCCCCCCAGGAUCUCCUCAAUAGACCUGCCCUCCCUCCCACCUCGCCCCCCUCCCAGACCUCCAGCAGGCCCCAGGGCCAGUGCAGUGAUCCCUCCACAGGAGAGGAGCACCCUGGCUGGGCAGGUUGUUCUGGCUCUGCCCCCUAAACCCCCCACAGGCCUCCAGAGCCCCCCCUCUUCCUCUUCCUCCUCCCUCCCCAAGGCCACGCCCCCUCGUCCAGCUGUCACUCACAAACCAUCAGCACUGACGUCAGGCCGCAGAGCCAGCGGAGACUGCAGCCCCCCAGCCCCGGCCCCGGCCCCCAAACCUGGCCUCCGGCCUCCCUCCCCAGCCCCCAAACCUGGCCUGAGACCCUCAGCCCCAGCCUCUGUCCCAGCCUCUGUCCCAGCCUCUGUCCCAGCCCCAGCCUCUGUCCCAGCCUCUGCCCCGUCCCCAGCCCAAAGGAAGACCCCCCCCUCCAAACCUGGCCUGAGACCCUCAGCCCCAGCCUCUACCCCAGCCUCUGCCCCAGCCUCUGCCUCUACCCCCGCCUCCAAACCUGAAAGCCCUUCACCUGACCCUCCCCUUCCUGCCCGGCCUUCAGGGGUUAAGCAGCUCCCCCUGCGCCCUCCUCCAAUCAGGGCCAGCCCUGGCAGACCACCCCCUCCUCAGACUGGACCAGCCAAUCAGACACGGGGUCAGAGGGCAAGCCGGAAGGGCCCGCCUCUUCCCCCCAGACCCACACCUGGACACCCUCUCUUCAACAGCUACAUGAAACAGGAACAGGAAGUGCUGGUGGUUCUGGAGGAUACAAGCCCCGCCCCCAAUGAAAGCCUACUGGAUGAUAAAGAGCUUCAGGGAUCAACGAAGGUCAUCACUCCUCUCUCUGACCAAUCAAAACCUCUCCUCGACCUGGACUAUGAAUCAGAACAUGUUGUCGACCAAUCAGAGCCAGUCUGUAAAGAGAAGACUCUAUCGGAGCUGCAGCCCAUCCUACCAGACCACCUCAGUGAUCAGAAGAACACGACCAUACCAGCACCUGUCAGUGGCCCGCGGUGUGUUGCCAGGUUUGACUUUGAGGGAGCGGACAAGAAUGAGCUCACCUUCUCCCAGGGUGAUGUCAUCGCCCUGACCGAGGUGAUUGGUCAGGAGUGGGGGCGGGGCCAGGUCCACGGGCGAAUGGGGAUCUUCCCCCUCAGCUUCACCCAGGUGGUGGAGGAGCUCUCCCCGUCGUCAGGGAAACGGAUGGUUGCCCAGACGACAUCCGAGCUGACAACAGAGACUAACACACCUGACCACGAUGAGGGGGAGGGCUGGGAGGUGGCUCUGUUUGACUUCCCGGGUCAGACUGCAGACGACCUGUCCUUCCUGAAGGGGGCGCUGAUCACAGUGACCCAGCGUGUCGACGCAGCCUGGAGCAGAGGAAGACUGGGAAGCAGGGAGGGCCUCUAUCCCUCCGCCUUCACACACACCUGGACAGCUCAGCCAAUAGCAGGCCAGACUACGGUUGUGGGUGUGGCCCAGGUCUUGUUUGACUUCAGUGCAGAAAGUGAGGAUGAACUGUCUCUGAAGGCUGGUGACCUGGUAACAGGGGUGGAGUCUGUGGAUGAGGAGUGGUUUAUUGGGGAUGCAAGUGGGAAGCGUGGUCUGGUGCCCAAAAACUACAUAUCCCUGCUGACUACAGAACUACAUAUCCCUGCUGACCUGAGGACUACAGAACUACAUAUCCCUGCUGACUUGAGGGCUACAGAUCCACAUAUCCCUGCUGACCUGAGGACUACAGAACUACAUAUCCCUGCUGACCUGAGGACUACAGAACUACAUAUCUUACAUUCUGGAACUCUUCUAACUGGACAAACUUCUAGAACUCUACUACAUUCUAGAACACUACUACAUUUCAAAACUCUACAAACUUCUAGAACUCUACUGCAUUCCAGAACUCUACACUACUACUAUGUUUUGAAACUCAACAUUCUAAACACUAUUGAAGUCUAAAGAUGAUUGUGGAGGUGUGCUGAUGUUUGUAUUGUGGUCCUAGGGCGGACUAGUUAGACCAGUUCCUCCCACUGAUGCCUGGGGUCCUGAGCCUGGAAUGUCGGCUCCUGGCACAAGACAUGUCAUGUGUUUGACUGGUUGAUAACUGUGCUACUCUCAAAAUUCCUGCCAAGCUUUUUAAUCCAAAUAAAAUCCUGAUGAGAUGUAAUGAUGGUGA